AAUGUAUCUGUGGUGUUUAAUGGACAACCGGAUGCCAGUUCUGGUCCCGAGUUGUAUAAGCUAACCCAGUCACCCUAACCUCGUUAGCUGGGUCAAGCUAACUAACGGCAGAGUUCCAGAACCGGUCUAAUUGACUGCGGCUGUAGGAUCCUCAGUUUACUAACGUUACACGUGUCUGUCCUGAUUCUGUGUGAUGGAAGAACGUGAGGCGUAACAUCGACUCCUUUCUCCUUUUUUUCCCCACUGAAUUAUGUCUAACGGCAACUGCAGGUGUCCACAGCGAGGAACAGUCCGCUCCAUUUCUCAGUCAUCGGAACAGCAUCAGUAACGCUGGACAAGUUUAAUAUCUUCGAGUUGAAUGGACAAGGCAGCCAGAAGUACACAGCCCAGCUAGUGAAGGCCACUAAAGGUUCAGUGAUGCCUGUGAAGAAGAAGAGGAAGCUCCCUGAUGCAGAUGAUAAUGAGCGCAAGUGUAAAAUCACAAGUUUCACUCGACCUCAGAUCCGAGGUGCGAGGCCCAUCAUCGCCGAGAAGCUGUUCUCCAAUAAGAAGUGCCUGGCCUGGUUCCUGGCGUACGCUGGCCCCGACAAGGUGGUUGGUCCGGAGGCCAUGGAGAAGUUCUGUGAAGACAUCGGCGUGGAACCAGAGAAUAUUAUCAUGUUAGUGAUAGCCUGGCAUCUAGAGGCAGCAAGUAUGGGCUUCUUUACAAAAGAAGAGUGGCUCAGGGGAAUGACAUUAUUACAGUGUGACUGCACGGAGCGGUUACAGAGCAAACUGGAUUACCUGCGCAGUGAGCUCAACGACUCUGUAGUCUUCAAAAACGUCUACAGAUACGCCUUUGACUUCGCCAGAGACAAGGACCAGAGGAGUUUGGAUAUGGACACGGCUAAAUCCAUGCUGGCAUUGCUGCUGGAGAGAACAUGGCCACUCUUCCCAGUCUUCCAUCGGUUCCUGGAGCAGUCCAAGUACAAGGGGAUGAACAAGGACCAGUGGUAUAAUGUUCUGGAGUUCAGCAGGACCAUCAACACAGACCUCAGUAACUACGAUGAAGACGGAGCUUGGCCAGUGCUGCUAGACGAGUUUGUGGAAUGGCAGAAGGCUUGGUCGGCAUCGUAGCAGAUGACAUCACAAGAAGAAAAAAGGAGGAGGGAGAGAAAAUAAAAACCACAAAACACUGCAGAAACCUCUGUAUUGUUUGAGGGGGGGGGGGGGGCGGGGGGAAAAAACCCAACCAUUUCAGAUCUCACGAUGACAGACUUUAAGAAUUCUCACACACACACACACACACACACAACACAUAUAUGGACUACAGUACAUCCCUACGUGGGAACGGGCCUUUCUCUCUCGGUGUCGACUUUUUAUAGUGUUCAUUUGAAGAAAAGAAAAUGUUCUUAAGAUAAGACAAACACAAAAAAUGAACUGAGAACAGUUGAGGAAUUUGUUUUCUGAAUAACUAUUUUUUCCCCCCCCAUUCUGUGUCUUGUUUAUAGAUGUUUUCACAGUAAUAAAAAGGAAAUGGAAGUGA